AUGGGGCCACUGACCACUCCUGAGAAAGGCGUCGAGGGCCACUGUGUGGACCCCUGGACCCCCACCUCCAACCUGAAGAUCCUAAUCAGUGCAGCCAGCCCUGACAUCCGUAACCGUGAGAUAGAGCGUAGCCUGGAGGAGGCCGAAGUCUACUGCAGAGAGGAUGCAGAGGAGCCAGAGGAGGCUGAGAGGAUGACAAGCAGGAAAGAUAAAUCAUUGGGACUGCUCUGUCGCAAGUUUCUGGAGAGAUUUCCUAAUUUUCCUGACAAAGACAAGGACUACGACAUCUGCCUGGACGAUGUGGCUUCAGAACUGAGCGUGGAGCGGAGGCGGAUCUACGACAUCAUGAACGUGUUGGAGAGCCUUCACAUGGUCAGCCGCUCGGCCAAGAAUCGCUACAUGUGGCACGGCCGCACCAACCUGUCGCAGACACUGUGUGUGCUGCAGAAGGCGGGUCAGGAGCAGGGCUACAGUCGACGGAUGCAGCAACUCCGACUCGGAGGCCCACACCAGCAGCCAGAGGAGGAAGAAGAGGAGAACCAGCAGCCGCAGCAGAACAGAGAGCUGUGCUUCGUCGAGCUGCCAGGAGUCGAGUGUAAAUUAGCGUCUGUGAACAGCCGAAAGGACAAGUCUCUACGCGUCAUGAGUCAAAAGUUUGUGAUGCUGUUCCUGGUGGCAUGCCCUCGUGUGGUCAGUCUGGAUAUUGCAGCUCAGAUCCUGAUUGGAGAGGACCAUGGAGAAGCACAGGACAAAAACAAGUUUAAAACGAAAGUGCGGCGGCUGUACGACAUCGCCAACGUUCUGAGGAGCCUGAAGCUGAUUGAGAAAGUCCACGUGACGGAGGAGCGCGGGAGGAAACCAGCUUUCCAGUGGGUCGGACCAGAGAAGUUCCAACAGGUCCAAGGUGUGGAGGAGACACGCAACACUACAGCGGCGUCCUGUGGCUCGUCCAAAGAAAACUGUUCCAAGAAGCUGUUCUCGGACAAACGCAGCUUCACUCGUCACCCGUCACUCAUCAAACUGGCUCGCAGCAUCCAAGAGGACCGGCGCCGAGUCAGCAGCGCCCCCAGCAGCCCAGCCAAGGCCACUGCAGGUGACUCUUUGAUGGACUUCCCAAACAAAAUGGCGGAACUGGCAGCCAUCUGUAAACUCCAGCUGGACCAUGAGUCCUCGGGGUCGAAAGGGUCUGAAACCAGCCGUCCCUCGCUGCCUCGCACCCCCGUGACCCCCCUCACGCCUGUGCUGUUACCGCGGCAGCAGCAGGACUCCGGGGGCGGAGCUUAUGUGGUGUACGCUCCUCCAUGUGUGCGUCCUCAGCCCACCAGCCUGGCCGUGCGCUCCAUGACCUUCGACAGUCCCACAGGAGUGAAGCGUCCCGGGGCAGAGGGCCAGACCGAGGCCAGUCCCAGGAAGAGGAGGAGGGAAUGCAAGGAUGCGUCUCCUAAACUGGGGGAGAUCCUCCAGAAUCGUCUGAAGUCGCGCUCUCUUUACUCCAGUCGUCCACCUCUGCGGGCGCUGCACCUGGAUCCAGAGUUCCAAAGUUCCACCAAUCUGAGCUCAAGACACAGCCCCGCCUCUGCAGCAGCAGCCAAUCACAGAGCAGGAAGGAGCACAGUGGACAAAGAGGAGAGCGAAGGAUCAACACCGGUCAGAGCGGUUCCUUUGACGCCUACAGCUGUCCAUACAGAGACUUUGGUUCCGGCCGGGUACCUGAUCCCUCUGCCUCAGUCUGCGCUCGCCUUUAAAGACCUGCACAGCUCCACAGACGCUCAGCCUGUGCCCACUGUGCUGUUCCACACUCCCACAGCAGGCUCCAUAUCCAUGAUGCACCAGGAGAGGACCCCGACACACAUGAGCAGGGCCUCCCCCCUCUCCCCCUUCUCCACUCCUCGCACCCAGAGCCCUAGUCCGGCCAUCCUCAACUUCACUUUGCAAAACCUGGGGCUGAUCUCGGCACACAGCCCCGUCCCGGUCCCAGUGCCGGUGCAGGGCAGGGCUGGGGUGGGCUGCAGUCCCCAGGCCGCAGUCUCUCUCCCACACAGGGGGGGGAUGCUCUUCCUCAGACCGGUGUCACCCCUGCAGCUGCACAGCACAAACGGAGGACACAUGGCCCUCUUCAGCCUGCAGCAGCCUGGGCCGCUGACCCCGACCUCGUCUCCCGGUUUCUUCCACACGCCGGUCUCCAUGACUACACUGUCCUCCACCUCCAGCGUCGCCAAUGGCAACGGCAGCACGUUUGUGGCUCAGCGGAAACUGGACGUCGGCUCUGAAGACUCCUGA